CGUUCGCUGUCCAUUCUGUAUGCAUUUAUACUGUGACACAGCCAUUAAAACUUUGUUCAGUCAUCCGAGUUGACGAUCACAACUUUUAGCACUCAGUGACUAUUUAACAUUGACUGUCGUGUGUCACAUCGUGUCGUCGUGUUUGGUCGUGUUCAAAAGUACAUGAUACGGGUAACCUCGCUCUUAUCUUGCCAUACGCGAAGAAAUCCACGCAAUGACGGGGAUAGUGGUGGCCACCGAUGAGGAGCAAUUACUCUCCAGGAUUUCUAACCUCAUCGCCCGCGCCGCUGAUGAUGCGAUCUCACGCGAUGACCGGAUCUUUCGUUUCGGCGUAUCAGGCGGUUCGGUAGUACAAUUGCUGGCCAAGUCUCUGCCUAACAUUGCAACCGACUGGAGCAAAUGGCGCUUCUUUUUUUGUGAUGAACGAGUGGUGCCUUUGGAUGAUUCUGAGUCAAAUUUUGGCCUUUACAAAAGUUGUUUAAUCGGAAAAGUGCCCGUCACCGAAGAGCAAUUCAUGAAGGUUGACCCAGAACUUAAUGCCGAGAACGCGGCGAAGGAUUACAUUAAAAAAAUGGCCUUCUUCUUCCCGCCGGAUAGAUUACCGAGAUUCGAUUGUCUGCUGUUGGGUGUUGGCCAGGACGGGCAUACGUGCUCACUCUUUCCGGGUCAUCGAGCUCUCGAUGACGAGAACAUGUGGGUCACAUGGGAACUGAACGCGCCAAAACCACCACCCAGUAGAAUUAGUCUCACUAUGCCGGUCAUUAAUAAUGCUCGCAUGUGUGUGUUUAUUGUCACUGGCGCUAACAAGGCUGAGAUCGUCAAAAAAAUCUUGAGAGAUAAGGAAGAUUUACCAGCUACCAGAGUGGAACCAGUUGAUGGUACUCUUUUUUGGCUACUCGAUCAAGAAGCGGGCAGGCUACUUAACUCAGACUGAAAAAUGCGAGGUGGGAAUAAGACUAUUACUAUUCAAGAUUUACAUAGAUUUUAUGACAUUCCAUUACUAUGAUCAUCUUGUAACUACUUUUUCUUUAAAUCUUUCUUCAGAUCUAUAUUUUAACGCGUUUUUUUCAUUACAAUUUACUGUUAAAGUCGAUAGAAUAUUUGAGUAAGUGUUAUGCUCGUAUCAAAAGCAUACGAAAAAGACUCGUGAGAAAAUUGAAAAUUCAAUUUUCGACUGAUAUUGCUCAAUGUCGUUUAUAUAAAAAAAAAUGUGCAAAUUUUGUUAUCAUGAACCAACUUGCAUAUUGUAAAAAGACAAAAUAUAAGAAAGUAAUAAAAAUUUUGCAUUUUCAAGAAAA